AUGACGACAAUCAGCGAGGACGCCGAGGAGAAGGUUCUGAACGAGGAAUACAAAAUCUGGAAGAAAAAUGCUCCAUUUUUAUAUGAUUUGAUCAUGACACAUGCUCUGGAAUGGCCAAGUCUAACUGUGCAGUGGCUGCCAGAUGUUACCAAGUCUGAGGGAAAAGGCUACGCAACUCAUCGUCUAAUUCUGGGAACGCAUACUUCAGAAGAACAAAAUUUUGUUGCGGUCGUGGGCGUGCAGUUGCCGAGCGAUGAGAGUCAGUUCGAAGGAUCUGUAUACGAUGUUGAAAAAGGAGAAUUUGGCGGUUUUGGAAGCGUUUCGGGAAAAGUCGAACCAAUAAUCAAAAUCAAUCACGAAGGAGAGGUGAAUCGUGCCCGGUAUAUGCCUCAGAAUCCAUACAUUAUUGCCACCAAAACACCGACGGCAGAGGUUUUGGUGUUCGACUAUACGAAGCAUUCGUCAAAACCUGAUCCUAGCGGUCUCUGCAUACCGCAGCUCAGGUUGAAAGGACACACGAAGGAGGGAUAUGGUCUUUCGUGGAAUCUUAACUUAAAUGGAUACCUGCUCUCAGCGGCAGACGAUCACACUGUCUGCUUGUGGGAUAUCAAUGCAAAUGCUACGGAGGGUAUCUCUGUUGAUGCCAAGUCAGUGUUCACUGGCCACUCAUCAGUCGUCGAGGAUGUUGCUUGGCACUUGAUGCACGAAACUUUGUUCGGUUCAGUUGGCGACGACCAAAAGUUGAUGAUCUGGGACACCAGAAGUAACAGUACAGCCAGACCUGCUCACACGGUGGACGCUCAUACGGCGGAGGUGAACUGUCUCUCAUUUAACCCGUACAGCGAAUACAUUUUGGCUACGGGAUCAGCGGAUAAGACUGUUGCGCUUUGGGAUUUGAGGAAUCUGAAACUGAAGCUACAUUCAUUCGAGUCUCACAAAGACGAGAUAUUUCAGGUUCAAUGGUCGCCUCACAACGAGACGAUUCUUGCUUCUAGUGGAACGGACAGACGUUUACAUGUUUGGGAUUUGAGUAAAAUUGGCGAAGAUCAGUCUCCUGAAGAUGCGUGCGAUGGCCCUCCAGAACUUCUUUUUAUUCAUGGUGGACAUACAGCAAAGAUUUCUGAUUUCUCGUGGAACCCAAACGAUCAGUGGGUCAUAUGCUCCGUUUCCGAGGACAAUAUAAUGCAGAUAUGGCAAAUGGUAAAGAUAACUAAUUAA